AUGGUGGAACUCACAAAGAGUGCGGAGAGGAGGAAAAAAGCAAAGCUGACAAGCAAAACCGUGAGUUUAGACGCACGUUUUUCAGAACAAUUCGGACACGUUUUUGUUGCAGAGAAAAGUAAAGACGAAGAGUCGUCUUCGAAAGAAGAAACAACAGAAGGUGGGCUCGUCGAGGCCGGCCGAGGAGGUGAAGAAGAGCGUGACGACGUCCGUCGGAUCGCAGCUGACCGUUCCGAAGCCGUUGACGCCGAACAAGGAGCGCGAGACGGAGAAGGAGAAGCGGUCGGACCAGCAGAACACGGCGAGGGACCGCAAGAAGUCGCUUUUGGACUGCCGCGAGAAGGACUUCAAGGAGGAGAAGGAGCCCGAGUCGGAGGAGGACGCCGAUUUGGGCUCCAGGAAGAGCCAGGGUAAGCCGUUUCGCAACCAGCCAGACCAUCGCCUAACAUCCACUUCUUUCCAGUGGCGAUUCUGAAGAAGAGUCGUCCCAAAAAAGUGGACAUCAAGAAUCGAGAAGUGGACGAGGAGGAGAUGAGCAAGUUGCUCACGAAAAUGCACGAGAAGAACCGGAAUCAGGCGCUGCGGUUGCCGGUGCUCGCCGAAAAGGACAAAAUUCUGAUGGAUCGGCUCGAGCGCAAAUCGUACCCGCUCAAGUAUUCGGAGAAGAACAAGGACAAGUGGAAGAUGCUCGCCGCCGACGAGGGUUCCGACUUUUUUCGACCGACGCACGGCAAGAAGAAGAGUUUGACGCUGGUCAUCCCGGAGGACAAGUACGACAAUGUGCCGAAACUGGCGGACGUGCUGCUGAAGCCGGAGGAGAACGUUUUCAUGCCGAACGGCAACGGCGCCGAGGUUCCGUUUUGGGCCGUCACGCUCGAGCCGGAUGAAGAGGAAAUGGUAUGGAUCGCUUUAGAUCACAUCACUGUCUCCCCUUCGGCGAAAAACAAUUUUCGCGCGCUUUCUUGCGUGCGGCUCUCAGUGUCGAUUUACGGGAGACGGGUUUUCCGCUGAAAACGAUCGUGUUUUCCCGAUUUUUUGGGAUUUUGCACAGUUUUCCUUCAAAACUUUUGCCUCACGUUUGCUCAUAUAACCGAUAGCUACAAAAUGAUCACACAGAGUGCUCGUGUAAAAGUGAAAAUUCGAAGAGUAAUUUCGUUUUUUAAAUUUGGCUUGAAAAAACGAACUUUCGGAAGUUUUGAGAAAACAAUUGACAGAAUCAAAAAACAGUUGCCUCACGGUUGUUCAGCAGACAAAGGCGAUCAUUUUGAGCACAGAGACGGCGCAUAAAAUGCAAAAAUGACUGAGAAAUUUCAGUUUUUGAGGCGCCGCAGACUGAAAUUCACAGAAAAGUGUAAUAAUGCGCGCUUUUUUGUGGGCGAAACGCUAAUUUAAGGUCACAGCUGUCAUUAACAAUUCGGAAAUUCUCUGUUUUACUUCAUUUUUCUCAUUUUCGGAUGAAAUUUCGGGUUUUCGGAAAAGAAUCCAGAAAUGUCUUACCUGCUUUUGUUUUCAACGACACUCCGUUUUAACGCGGCGCUCAAUUUAGCAUUAGCUGUUGGGGAGACAGUGCACAGUUCUAAAAUUAAACCAGCAACGUUCAGAAAGACGUGGAUCCGCCGAUCUCGGUGGGAAGUGACCACGUGGAGCAAGUGCGCGACAAGGCGAUCACUCUGAAGACGGUGAGGAACGGAAAACUGGUGCUCGACGAGUUUCAGCCGCUGGCGCUGCUCACGAAACGCGACGCGGAGCACUUCCACCCGCACCUCAUCUUCUCGAACACAGUCCGAUCGCUGAUCAACGUGCAGGGCGACAAGGAUCUCGGAUCGUUGACGCCGUCGGGCAGCACCUCCAAGGCGCGGCACAUUGAAGAGGCGGCGACGCAGGCCGAGGACAUGGUCACGUUCGAUUUGAAGCUGACAAAGACGCACACGUACUUCAGAUGCAGACCAAUGUCGUCGGCGGCUCGCGAGAAACAGGAGACGUGCUCGGACGAGUCGGAACUCGACAAGACUCAGUGA